AAGUGAAAAGAUGGAUGAUGGCUGACAGAUGGGCUGGAUGGAGUCCUUUUCCCCAUCUUUUUUUUGCCUCAAAAGUAUGGAUCUGCUAACUAAGUAUCUACUCCGUACUCCGUACUAAUCAAUCACCCUCCACUACACUAUUUCUAUUAUUAUCGAUGGGAUUUUUUUCCCGCCGUCACAAUGAUGCCAAUGGUUCAGGUUCAGGUCCAGGUUCACGAUGAUGCUGCUCGUUGGCUGGGGGAGGAAUCCUCCUGCCGGCGAUUCCCCUUUUUUUUUUUUUUUUUUUUUUCGCAGCUUCCCCUUCGAUCCCAUCGAUCACAUACCGGUACUUGCUGCGACUCCCGUACUCUGGUUCGGCUCAUUCCUUGCUUACAUUAUCCUCCGUCCCCGGUCCUUCCUGCUGUUGUUGUUGUUGUUAUUGUUGUUGUUGUUGGGAGUGGUGGUGGCCGCCGCAGUGGCUGGCAGGAGCAGGAGCAGGACCAGCAACAGCAACAGCAACAUUCAUAAUAAUAAUCUUCCUUUUAAUCCCAGUGUCGCGCGAUCUAUUAUUUGUUGAGAAUAUUCUGGUAAACCUUGUUCUACCCCCCCCCCCCCCUCCCUGCCUU